AAUAGAAGUCGAGGUUUCAAAGAGCGAGAAAAAAGAAAAGAGAGAUUCAAUAAACAAAGCCAAAGCGCUUCACUUUCCUGCGAAACUCCUCUCGGUUCGUAUCGUUUGUCGCAGAUCUCCGCCUCCGCUCCCGUCCCUCACAGCGUCGCGCCGAAAUGCAGAGCGCGAAGAGCGAGAGGGACGCCGUGAAGCCCGAGGAUCGUGGCGAUCGCCGGCGAGGCGAGGGCGGAGAGGAGGAGGAAGAGGAGGAGGAGGAGGAGGAGGAGGAGGAGAAGAUCGAGCAGUUCUUCGCGAUCCUCAGGAACUACAGGGAGGCGCGGAACCAGAGGAAGAUGGAGCUGAUGGGGGAGCUGGAGGCGGAGGAGUCGAGGCGGAAGAGGAGGAGGCUGGCGGAACCGGACGGCGGGGAGCGGUGCUCGAGCUGGGUCCCGCGGUUCGAGCCGGAGGAUUUCAGCGCCGACGUCGCAUUCAGGAAGCGGCCUCUCCCUCUCCCUCUCCCUCUCCCACUCCCACAUCCUCAUCCUCCUCUGCUUCUGCCUCUGCCUCUGCCUCCGCCUCCGGCGACGGCGGUUUCGCCGGCGAAGGCGGUGGAGAGGGAGAGGAAGGUGAAGGACGAUGGGUUGGAGCUCAAACUGACGAUCUGAUGGAUAUCGUCGUCCCCGGAGAUAUCGGAGGAUCUGUUUCUUCCUUCCAUGGCUCUUGUUUAGGAAACUGGAAAGUAGGAGAUGAUUCUGAUCAAGCAA